AGGCACCACCUUCCAUGGUCAAUAAUGAACAGCGCCAGCAUGCAGAACACAUAUUCUUAUCAUUUAGGAAAUCAAAAUCACCAUUUGCAGUUUGCAAGCAUAUUUUGGAAACUAGCAAAGUGGACUAUGUCCUUUUCCAAGCUGCCACCGCCAUCAUGGAAGCUGUCGUCCGGGAGUGGAUCCUCUUGGAGAAAGGCAGCAUCGAGUCGCUGCGGACAUUCCUCCUGACCUACGUCUUACAGAGGCCCAACCUCCAAAAAUAUGUUCGGGAACAGAUUCUACUAGCAGUAGCAGUGAUUGUAAAACGAGGAUCAUUGGAUAAAUCAAUUGACUGCAAAAGCAUUUUCCAUGAAGUCAGCCAGUUGAUAAGUAGUGGCAAUCCCACUGUGCAAACUCUGGCGUGUUCUAUUCUAACUGCACUGUUGAGUGAAUUUUCAAGUUCAAGUAAAACUAGCAACAUUGGAUUGAGUAUGGAAUUCCAUGGUAACUGCAAAAGAGUUUUUCAGGAAGAAGACCUUCGGCAGAUCUUUCUGCUCACCGUGGAGGUUCUGCAGGAGUUCAGCAGGCGGGAAAACCUCAGUGCUCAGAUGUCUUCAGUGUUCCAGCGCUACCUGGCGCUCGCCAAUCAGGUCUUGAGCUGGAACUUUCUUCCUCCAAAUUUGGGCAGACAUUAUAUAGCUAUGUUUGAAUCCUCGCAAAAUGUGCUGUUGAAGCCAACGGAGUCCUGGCGGGAGACUCUUCUGGACAGCAGAGUGAUGGAGCUUUUCUUCACAGUACAUCGAAAGAUCAGAGAAGAUUCAGACAUGGCACAGGACUCUCUGCAGUGCCUCGCCCAGCUUGCGUCUCUGCACGGACCCGUCUUCCCUGAUGAGGGCUCGCAAGUCGAUUAUCUGGCCCACUUCAUCGAGGGGUUACUGAGUACCAUUAAUGGAAUUGAAAUAGAAGAUUCUGAAGCAGUGGGCAUCUCCAGCAUCAUCAGCAAUCUGAUAACGGUGUUCCCACGCAAUGUCUUAACUGCCAUUCCCAGUGAACUUUUCUCCUCCUUUGUCAACUGCCUCACACACCUCACUUGCUCUUUCGGGCGAAGUGCUGCAUUGGAAGAAGUGCUUGACAAAGAUGACAUGGUGUACAUGGAAGCAUAUGACAAACUGCUGGAGUCCUGGCUUACUUUGGUCCAAGAUGACAAACACUUCCAUAAAGGCUUUUUUACCCAGCAUGCAGUUCAAGUUUUCAAUUCCUAUAUUCAGUGCCACCUAGCCGCUCCAGAUGGCACAAGGAAUUUGACUGCCAAUGGCGUGGCCUCUCGUGAGGAAGAAGAAAUCAGUGAACUUCAAGAGGAUGAUCGAGACCAAUUUUCUGACCAACUGGCCAGUGUAGGAAUGCUAGGAAGAAUUGCUGCAGAACACUGUAUACCUCUUCUGACAAGUUUAUUAGAAGAAAGAGUAACAAGGCUCCAUGGUCAGUUACAACGACAUCAGCAACAAUUACUCGCUUCCCCUGGAUCAAGCACUGUUGACAACAAAACGCUUGAUGACCUCUAUGAAGAUAUUCACUGGCUUGUUUUAGUUACAGGCUACCUCUUAGCUGAUGAUACUCAGGGAGAGACUCCGCUAAUACCUCCAGAAAUAAUGGAAUAUUCCAUUAAGCAUUCAUCUGAAGUUGACAUUAAUACAACACUUCAAAUUUUGGGAUCUCCAGGAGAAAAGGCUUCUUCCAUCCCAGGGUACAACAGAACAGAUUCUGUGAUUAGGCUGUUAUCUGCCAUUCUAAGAGUUUCAGAAGUUGAAUCUCGAGCAAUAAGAGCAGAUCUCACUCAUCUAUUAAGCCCUCAAAUGGGCAAAGAUAUUGUUUGGUUUCUAAAACGCUGGGCAAAGACUUAUCUCCUGGUGGAUGAAAAACUGUAUGAUCAGAUAAGUCUGCCAUUCAGUACGGCAUUUGGAGCAGAUACAGAGGGUUCUCAGUGGAUAAUUGGCUACCUCUUACAAAAAGUCAUCAGUAACCUCUCGGUCUGGAGUAGUGAGCAGGACCUUGCAAAUGACACUGUGCAGCUCCUUGUCACUUUGGUGGAAAGGAGAGAAAGGGCAAACUUAGUAAUCCAGUGUGAAAACUGGUGGAACUUAGCCAAGCAGUUUGCCAGCCGAAGCCCACCUCUUAACUUCCUGUCGAGUCCUGUGCAGAGAACACUGAUGAAGGCUCUGGUCUUAGGAGGUUUUGCACACAUGGACACAGAAACCAAACAGCAGUACUGGACAGAGGUUCUCCAGCCACUUCAGCAGCGAUUCCUGCGGGUGAUCAACCAGGAGAACUUCCCGCAGAUGUGUCAGCAGGAGGACGUGAAGCAGGAGGUCACCGCCACGUUGGAGGCCCUGUGUGGCAUCGCCGAGGCCACGCAGAUCGACAACGUGGCCAUCCUGUUCAACUUCUUGAUGGACUUCCUUACCAACUGCAUCGGGUUGAUGGAAGUGUACAAAAACACCCCCGAGACCGUCAACCUCAUCAUCGAAGUGUUUGUUGAGGUUGCUCAUAAACAGAUAUGCUACCUUGGAGAGUCCAAAGCUAUGAACUUGUAUGAAGCCUGCCUCACUUUGCUGCAAGUAUAUUCUAAGAAUAAUUUAGGGAGACAGAGAAUAGAUGUGACUGCGGAGGAAGAGCAGUACCAGGACCUGCUUCUUAUCAUGGAGCUCCUCACCAACUUACUGUCCAAGGAGUUCAUAGACUUCAGCGACACAGAUGAAGUAUUUCGAGGACAUGAGCCGGGCCAAGCAGCAAACAGAUCUGUGUCAGCAGCAGACGUUGUUUUAUAUGGAGUCAACCUGAUUCUGCCUUUGAUGUCACAAGAUCUUCUGAAGUUUCCAACCCUUUGUAAUCAGUACUACAAAUUAAUCACAUUUAUCUGUGAGAUUUUUCCUGAAAAAAUACCACAGCUUCCUGAGGAUCUGUUCAAAAGUCUGAUGUACUCCCUAGAACUAGGAAUGACGAUGAGUUCGGAAGUAUGCCAGCUCUGCCUGGAGGCCUUGACACCGUUGGCUGAACAGUGCGCAAAAGCACAUGAAGCAGACUCACCGCUCUUCCUGGCAACACGGCACUUCCUUAAGCUGGUUUUUGAUAUGCUGGUUUUACAAAAGCACAACACAGAGAUGACCACUGCGGCCGGUGAAGCUUUCUACACGUUGGCGUGUUUGCACCAGGCUGAGUAUUCGGAGCUGGUCGAAACACUACUGUCCAGCCAACAAGACCCGGUGAUUUACCAGAGAUUAGCAGAUGCCUUCAACAAGCUCACGGCGAGCAGCACUCCUCCUACUCUGGACCGGAAGCAGAAGAUGGCCUUUCUCAAGAGUCUAGAAGAAUUUAUGGCAAAUGUUGGCGGUCUCCUUUGUGUAAAAUAAACAACACAACUUCAUGCUUAAGAGAGAUCCUUUCUGCAGAGUGCACUGAGCUGCUGAAAGUUGACUUGGGUCUCGGCCUGGUCCUCAGUUUGCUGGGCCAUCUUGGACUCUGGGGAGCCUGAAGCUUUGACGUGUCUGUAAUGCCAUGAAACAGGAGAGGUCAGCUUCACCUCAGCUCCUGCCGUUAGGUGUUAACCACAAUCUGUCACGUGUUUGUCUUCUAGAUUUUGAAUGGUGGUUUAAAAUUUUCAAAUUGAAAUUCCAUAUAUGUGCAAACAGAUAUGGGCACCAUUAAAUACAUAUGCAGUGCCUUUUCCCCUUUUAUCAAAACAUAGGUAGCUAGCCAAAGUUUAGCGUUUUUGUCAUUAAAUAUUAGGUGGAUAUAUGCUA